AUGUCUUCUUCUACUAGUGAGACUCAGGCAAAAGAGAGGCAAUGUCCGCAACUUGUUCUGAAACACGGUCUAAAACGGGUCAUGGUUAAACGGCAAAUGUCGUAUAAUUCCAUGCUUGACGCCGCCUGCAGAAAAUUCCCAAGCAUUCCGAGAAAUGAGGUUAUGUUGCAGACCAAUCGACUCGCUGUUUGCGAUGGCCACUAUGCGGAAAUUACGGCUGAAAUAUGGGACGAUAUUAUUCCUUGGAUUCACCCCGUUGAGGUGACUCGGCAUGUGGAAAUGACUUUGCCCGUCCCACUGCCGCUUGACAAUCGAUUGGCGCCAAGUAAGGUUAACGAACAGGACAGCUGCUCGAACGAUGACGAAUGGUACGCUGACCCAAAUCCAUUAGGCCAGGCGCCAGAGUGCGACGGCCAAGUCACAAUCAAACUUGCUUUUCGAUCUGGCGAGAUUCAGACUACUAAAAUCUCGAGGGAAAUGCAGGUGGACGAGCUUGUUGCUGAUAUUGGUCAGACAUUGGGACAUUCUCCUGCUUCAGGUCUGCGCAUCCUGGCAUUUUUUGGUCGGGUAACGAUGUGUGCGAACCGGACUAUUGGAUCGUACGACAUCGAGGAUGGUGACUUCAUCGAUAUUCAAGUUUGUCGUCGCCGUCCGCUUUGUAAAAAGCCAGUCAUUUAUCUAUACUCGCCCUCCGACAUCGAUGUUUCUGUUAAGCUCUCCCUCAUUCCUGAGUGGAGCCUCUCUGUUAUCUAUCCCGUUGUUACCACAGAAGACCAUGGACGGCGUUUAGAAUGGAAUGUCCGCACCCAUCAAGAUGGCAGUCUGACUGAACACAAUUCUGGUUUGAAUGUCUCGUACUUGUUCUGGGAGGCGGAGACAAAUUCACAAGCAGUAUCAAAGCUGCAACCAGUGGAUACAUUCAAUCCAUCAUCCAGCAGUCUCUAUGAUACGGAUUCAAUUGUCAUUCCAGUGGACAAAGUGACCGUUUACCUCGACAACUCACUCAAGGUUUUGGGACUUCACACUGAAGCUAGAACAUCAUUCAUAAUCUACUGGCUACCUUCCAUCCUCAAGCACGAAUAUGUUGCCCUCCGAUUUGUCCCUCAAGCGGCAUUCGAAUGCGCCGCUUCCUUACGCAUUUCUCCGCAACCCGACGUCGUGACUCGCGUAUUCAUGUUGUUCAAAGGUAUCCGUAAGGAGAAUUUGGCAAAUUGGAAUAACGCACAAAUUCAAGCAGAGAAAGAUGUUGCUUGGUGGGUGGAUGUGGUUGGAGUUGAUCCUGCAAGAGCUGGUGAUGUGACUUUGUUCAGGGCGUUGGAAUGGGGCGGGAUGGAGGUUCUCAUCUGAUAUUCCAUCAGAUUAUGUAUUCAAUUUGUGCAGAUGUUAUCACGUUUUGUUU